CAUAAUACUAUAUACAUCAUUGUAAAAAAAUAUUGGCAGCACUGAAAUUUUGACAUUAUUCAACAACUGUCAAUUGUCGUUUAAAGAAGCUUCUCAUUUGUGAAAAUGGCUGGCGUGCUCAAAGAUGAUAUAUGGAAAAACUGGGAAAAAACAGGAAAACAAGAGUUCGUGAAAGUUUGUAUUCCAUUUUUAAAAGACCAAUCCAGGACUCCUGUAUUCGACAAAGCUGAGAAACCUACAAAUAUUAUAUCCUAUAUAAAUGAAUUAAUAGAUAAAGGAAUAAAAGGGGUGAUUAAAACGGACCAAAUUGCCGUGGCGCUUCGUGAAUUAGUUGCACUACAUCCGGAUGUUCCGUCAAUAAUUUUAGACGUGUUGAAUCUGGCGGAUGCGAUAACUUCACAAGUGGAUAAUGAUGAAGUUAAAGACAGAAGUAAUUUUUGUGCAAUUGUUAAGGAUUGUGAAAAGUUUUUAUCAGAUAAACUGUUGAAAGAGAGAUUAGAAAUAGAUACUUUACAGGAAGUAGGGGUGCUUAAAAAUAAUACAUUUUAUUCCAAGUUUAUCAAAGUUAAAACUAAAUUAUACUAUAAACAGCGAAAAUUUAAUUUAUUUAGAGAAGAAUGUGAAGGAUUUUCCAAACUGGUCGCAGAACUCAAUACCGAGUUUAAUGAAAAUACCGACUCAAAAGAAUUGAUAGGAAUAGUUCAAUCAUUAAUAGGUUGUUUUAACUUAGAUCCCAACAGGGUGCUCGACGUAAUAUUAGAAAGUUUCGAAACCAAGCCGAGAGAUGCGAAGAUAUUCGUUUCUCUCAUCAAUAAUUAUAUGAACGAUCCCCGAAUAAUAAGCGAAGUGUUGUCGACGAAAUUCGGAUUUCUGAGAAACAGCGAACAAGACGUUCCGCAAUCUUUGUACGUUCUCACGGCGCAACUUUUGCAACAUAAAAUUAUCGAAUUGGAUGAUAUUUAUUAUUGGUUACUACCUGAAGACAAAGUCAUAAUCAAAGAAGUAGACAAACAUAUGAAAGAUGCCAAAGAAUACGUUCGUAAACUUCAAAUAAUUAGCAUAAAUAAUAAAGAAAAGGAAGAUGUACCGGACGAAUCUGACGUGGAAAGCGUGGAAUACGAGGGUAAUCAAAAAUUGGGACUUUGUGAGGCUUUAUUGUUGAUCGGCGAUAUGGAAAAUGCGCAAAUUCUUAUUAAGAGGUUACCGGAAAGGUAUGCCGUUGGUUAUGAGCCUAUUGCUAACGCUUUAUGUAGGCUCUUGCAUUAUAUCAUCGAACCUUUAUACAGCAGGUACGGUAUAAUAGGACCGAAAAUUCCAAGGAAACCCGUAGCACCAUUCGAAGGUUUAGUUCCACCCGCACAAGCUGAAAAUUUCAACGAUCUUCGCGAUACAGCCAUACCGUUGCUUCUAAUGUUGGGUUCUUCCCUACGCUACGACACCGUUCUCCUAAGCAAAAUCGUGCGAUUAUGCAAAGCUGCGCUCGCCUCUUACGGAGUAGACAACGCCAAAAGCCAACCGCCAAAAGAAACUUCCUUGUAUUACGACAUAAUUUCUUUAGUAGACAUGUCGAUUUUACCGUCUUUGGCUUAUUUGGAGUGCAAUUGCUGUAUAGCCGAAGAGAUUUGGACGCUGUUGAAACUGUACCCGUAUCAGAUCCGGUACUGUUUGUAUUCCAGAUGGAAAAACGAAACGUACACUUUGUACCCGGAAUUAUUAAAGAAACGAGCCGAUUCCGAAAAGCAAAUUAAAAACAUAAUGAAGCGCGUUAGUAAAGAAAACGUCAAACCCGUCGGUAGACUGAUCGGGAAACUAACCCAUUGCUCACCGGGGUUUCUAUUCGACUACGUCCUAUUGCAAAUCCAAGUGUACAACAAUUUGAUCAACCCGGUCGUAGAUUCGUUGAAAUAUUUGACGAACUUAUCCUACGACGUUUUGGGUUUCUGUCUCAUCGAAUCGCUCGCAAACGCGGAAAAGAAGAGAGUCAAGCACGAUAGUACGUCGAUAUCGACGUGGUUGCAGAGUUUGUCGAGCUUUUGCGGUGCUGUCUACAAGAAAUAUACGAUAGAAUUGGCGGGGUUGUUGCAGUUCGUCGCCAAUCAGCUCAAAGCUCAAAAGAGUUUGGAUUUGCUAAUUUUAAAGGAAGUAGUUCAGAAAAUGGCGGGCGUGGACGCUGCCGAAGAUUUGACGAUGGAUCAACUAAACGCUUUGGCUGGAGGCGAAUUACUUAAAUCUGAGGCCGGAUACUUUAGUCAAAUUCGCAACACGAAAAAAUCCUCGUUGCGACUGAAAGAAGCGAUGGCCGAGAACGAUCUAGCCGUAGCUCUGUGCCUGUUGAUGGCGCAACAAAACUACUGCGUGGUGUACAAAGAAACCGCGAAGACCAGCCAUUUGAAAUUGGUCGGAAAAUUGUCUGAUCAGUGUCAAGAUACUUUAGUUCAAUUCGGUACAUUCCUCGGAUCGACGUUGUCCGUCGAUGAAUACGUCAAUAAAUUGCCGUCUAUUCAGAGCAUGUUGACUGAUUAUCAUAUACCUUUGGAGGUGGCGUUUUUCCUGGCCAGACCUAUGUUCAAUCACGCCAUCAAUCAAAAAUACGACCAACUCAGAAAAGUCGACCCGGCCUACAAAAAAAUGUCUACCUCCGUCAAGAAUCAAAAAUAUUUCGAAGCCAUUACGGAAAUAAUGGAACCGGUUUGUACGUCGCUGCAACUCCUGCACCCUCCUCGAGUGUGGGAAGACAUUUCCUGUCAAUUUCUAGCGACGUUUUGGUCGUUAACCAUGUACGAUUUGUACGUACCCGAAGAAACCUAUCAACACGUCAUCAGCAAAGCCAAAAUGGCGUCGUUGGCCAACAUGGAUAUGGGCGCCAAAGGUAAGAAGGAGCAAGAGAGGUAUCAAACUUUAUCGGAAAAGCUGCAAGACGAGAAGAAGAAGCAAACGGAGCACGUCGAUAAAAUCAUGUACAGGUUGAAACAGGAAAAGGAUCAUUGGUUUUUGACGAAGUCGCUGAAAACUGCCAAAAAUGAAACUAUCACGAGGUUUCUUCAAUUAUGCGUUUUUCCGAGGUGCACGUUUACCCAGAUCGAUGCUGUAUACUGUGCGAAAUUCGUGCAUACUAUACAUUUGUUGAAGACGCCGAAUUUUUCGACUUUACUGUUUUAUGAUAGGUUAUUUUGUGAUGUAACGUACUCCAUAACGUCAUGCACCGAAAACGAAGCGAUGCGAUACGGCAGAUUCCUAUUCGCGAUGCUAGAAACCGUCAUGAGAUGGCACAAAUCCAAAGACGUCUUCGAAAGAGAAUGCGCGAACUAUCCGGGCUUCGUAACCAAAUACAGAAAGAACAACCAACAUGCCGACAAUCUAGACAACGUCGAUUACGAAAAUUACAGGCACGUCUGUCACAAAUGGCACUACAAACUAGCUAAAGCAAUGGUGACUUGUCUGGAGUCGAAGGAUUAUAUACAAAUUCGGAAUUCUUUGAUUAUACUCAUUAAGAUCAUUCAACAUUUUCCGAUUUUGAUUAAGUUGAGUCAGUUCAUCGAGAAGAGGAUAGAAAAAGUUAGGGAUGAGGAGAAGAAUAAUCGGCAGGAUUUGUUUACGUUGUCGAGUAGUUAUUUGGGAUUGUUGAAGCAGCGAUCUUCCGGCGGGCAGUUGAUGAGGGAGAAUGAUUUUCAUAUUCCGCUGGAAAAAGAGAAGGGUAGUAAAAACCAUGAUUUAAAAAGUGAAGGUACCAGCAAACACAAUGGAGAAAAUAAAGAUGAUUUUCUGAAAGAAAAACUCGAAAGAAAAUCCUCGAGACAAGCUUCCGACGAAAUCAGAGUGUCAACGAAAAGUCAAAUCAUUUCCGUCGAUAUUACCGGACCUAGCCCUUCGAAAGAGAGGAUGGAAAAAUCUCAAAGGGACGACCAAGCGAAAGAGAAACACAGAUCUGAUAAACUGAAUGACUCCGAAAAAGAGCGCGAAAAGGAGAAGCGCAGGGAGAGGAGAGAAGAAAAGUUGAAUGUCAAAGAUGAGAGGCAUGAUAAACAGUACAAUAGAUCUCAAGACGAAAGAUUCAUUGAAAUGCUCAGUCCGAAAGAAGAAGGCCGCUACUCCAGCGAGAAACAAGUCGACAGGUACUAUGACGAGAGAGGAAGCGGAGGCGGCCAUUACUACAGAAAUGACGACAGAGAAUUGAUUGUUAGCGGAAAUGGCAAUGUCGGAAGGAGAAGUCAGGAGCCCGAGCCCGAUAGAGAUUCGAAACGAAGAAAAGUCGACGGUUCUUCGAAGAGUUCCAAACACGAAGAAAGGAAAACGAAUCCGGAGUUCUAUGCGGAGAAGGCCGACAAAAGGGAACGAUCGGUUAAACCGAAAGAGAAGAGAGAGAAAUUGAGCGAGGAGGAGAAGGAGAUACGGAAGGAGAGGAAAAUGGGCAGAAAAAGGGAUAGGAAUGACGAAGCAGCCCAAGAAUUGAAAAGGCGGAGAGAAGAAGAUAAAGCACAAAAAAUAGGAUCGCCCAUUCGAGCUCCAAAUGGUGAAAUGCUCGAGCCGCCCAUACAUGUAAGAGAAAAACACCAUCGAAAUAGGGAAAUAUCGCCAUACCAAAGGGAUAGAUCGCACGAGAAAUCUGAACCUAGGGAAAAACACAGAAGGAGUUCGGAGAACAAAAGGAGAUAGCCCAUAGUUUUCCUUCCGUAAGAUAAGCAAAUAGAGAGAAAGUGAGAGGAGAUGCGUCUGUUUCGUGGUGAAUAUGAAGAAUUAUUUUGUGAAUGUUGCUCGAAAGAACGAUUACAUU